ACGGGUGACGCAAUGGGAGACCCUUCACGUGAUGCCCCAGACUUCCGGCUCAAGGAGUACGGCACAUCCGGGGAUUGUGACACAGACAGUACGGCACUUCCGGUGAUUGUGACGCUUAGGGUUCGGCUUGUGCCAUGAUGGCGGACUGCCCAGCGCCGGACUCUCGCUGGUUCUUCACCCGGGAACAGUUGGAGAGCAGCCCGUCUAGGAAGUGCGGGGUAGAGGCGGACAAGGAAUUAUCGUACCGUCAGCAAGCCGCCAACUUGAUCCAGGACAUGGGACAGCGGCUGAAUGUAUCUCAGCUGACCAUAAAUACCGCCAUCGUUUACAUGCACAGAUUCUAUAUGCAUCAUUCUUUUACCAAAUACCACAGAAAUAUAAUGUCUCCUACUGCGUUGUUCCUGGCUGCCAAAGUAGAAGAACAGCCACGAAAACUUGAACAUGUUAUUAAAGUGGCCCAUGCCUGUCUUAAUCCUGUAGAGCCACAGUUGGACACAAAAAGUGAAGCUUACUUACAACAAGCGCAAGAACUGGUAACACUUGAAACUGUAUUGUUGCAGACCUUAGGUUUUGAGAUCACUAUCGAGCACCCUCAUACAGAUGUCGUAAAAUGUACCCAAUUAGUAAGAGCAAGCAAGGAUUUGGCCCAGACUUCCUAUUUCAUGGCUACCAACAGUCUGCACCUCACUACAUUCUGCCUUCAAUACAAGCCAACAGUAAUAGCAUGUGUAUGCAUUCACCUAGCGUGCAAGUGGUCCAACUGGGAGAUCCCAGUUUCAACAGAUGGGAAACACUGGUGGGAAUAUGUGGACCCAUCUGUUACGUUAGAGCUUCUAGAUGAGUUAACGCAUGAAUUUUUGCAAAUAUUGGAGAAAACUCCUAGUAGAUUAAAAAGGAUUCGAAACUGGAGGGCAAACCAGGCUGCCAGGAAACCAAAAUCUGAUGGUCAGCUUGAUAAUUCCCUCCUUAGUUCAUCCCUGGUGCAGAAUUCCAUUUUAGUGGAUCCGGUAUCUGGCAUGGCUGCAACUGCAAGCUUUCCCAAGGCAUCCACUACGUUUCCAGCUCCAGUAGCUUUGAACUCAGGGAACCUGCCUCUCCAGGCAGGUCACAUUCCCGAGGAAAUGGCACUACUGACUUCUACAAUGCCAAGUACAUCCUAUAAUAUGGGGUCUCAUCAUGAAUGGCCUCAACAUCAAGAGCAGCAUAGGACUGACCAAAUUUAUAGCCAGAAACCAGAAGGUGCCCUUCAAGUUCCACAUUACUUUCAGCAAGGAGCUGCUGUUCAGAUUCACACUGGGCUACAUCAUAGGUCUGAUAAAGGUUCUGAACAUUCUACUGUUAAAUCAGAACAUGCUCAUAAAUCCAACAGUGGCAAGCACCAUGGACAGGUCUAUGCUUCAUCACUGGCUAUAUCACACAAAAUGUCAUUGGACAAGUAUAGAGAGAAACGGAAGCUUGAAACUGUAGAACUUGAUUCAAGGGACCAAUAUCCUCUAGCAGGCCACGAGCAGCACAAAAAGCACAGCCAAGCAGCUGCGAGUGGUUCUGUAACGUCUCCUAUUAAAAUGAAAAUUCCUCUUGCAAAUGAAAAGACUGAAAAACACUCAUCUGAUAAAAAGGAUAAAACUGGUUCUCUGAAAUUGCGGAUACCUAUCCCACCGACUGAGAGAGGCGCAAGCAAAGAGGACUUGAAAAUGAAAAUAAAAGUAUCUUCAGCUGACAGACACAGCUCAUCCGAUGAGGGCAGCGGGAAGAGCAAACACUCAAGUCCGCACGUGAGCAAGGAACAUAAAGAGAGGCACAAAGAGCAUUCUUCCAACAGACACCACAGUAGCAGCCACAAGCAUUCCCAUUCACAUAACUUUGGCAGUGGGAGUAACAAUAGUAGCAAUAAGCUUAGCAUGGAUGGAUUGCAACCAACCGUGUUGAGGAGUCCUGUUGUCCUGCCUACUGAUGGCAGCAGCUCUAGCUCCAGCUCUUCAAGAAAGAGGCCGCAUUCCAAUGAUGCCUCAUACAACCAUCACUCCAAAAUGAGCAAAAGUUCCAAAACUUCAGGUAGUUCUACUAGUUCUUCCUCUGUUAAGCAGUAUAUAUCCUCUCACAACUCUGUUCUUAACCAUCCCUUACCCCCUCCUCCCCCUGUCACAUACCAGGUGGGCUACGGGCAUCUCAGCACCCUCGUGAAACUGGACAAGAAGCCAGUGGAGAGCAACGGCCCUGAUGCCAGUCACGAGUACGGUGCAAACAACCAGCAUAUGGACUACAAAGAUACAUUCGAUAUGCUGGAUUCCCUGCUAAGUGCCCAAGGAAUGAACAUGUGAUUUAGUUAUUUAGAUUUAUGAUAGAGAACCCCCUCCCCCUUUUUUCAUAAUUUUUAUUUAAUAAAUGUUAGUACAGGAACUGCCUGAGCUAACAUUGGUGACGUCUGUUGCGGCAGAUUCAAUACAGUUAAUAUAAGUGCUGCUUUGACCCUUCGUUCUGAAAAGAAGGGGUUCUAGUAAAUGUCUUUAUCUCCACAUAUGAUAGUAUUAUAAAUACUGUAAUCGCAUGAAUGGUGCAAAAAAAAAAAAACAAAAAUCAGUAUUUCAAAGAUUAUAUGAACAUAGGAAUGGGUGGCUGCAUCCAGGCCUAUAGAAUGCUUCAAACAUUACUUAUUUAUGGUUUUCAUUAGUGUGGCCAACAUUUCUUUGUUUAGAUUUUUGAGCGAGUGUACUUUUUUUUUUUUCUUUUGUAUAUUUAAAGUGUAUGUAUGAUUUGCAUGUCAGAUAAAGGGAUGGAAACAGACUACGCAGGCAGCUGUUUACAAGGGAGUGGAGAAUAAAUGUACAUACAUUCUUGUAUGUUUAGUUAUAACCGUACAAUACUCAGGUUUGGAGCUGCUCGAAGAAAAAAAAAUAGAUGAACUUUUAUUUUGUCAAAGUUAAUCUGUACUAAGCAUUGAUGGCUUUGUGGCGUCUCAUAAAAUCCUUGCAAUGCAAAACUGGCCUGCCAACUGUUCUUACUGGCCUUUGUGGCAUUGGAAUGGUGAAACAGUAUGGGCAAGCACAGGCCCUACAGACAGAAACUGAAACUCCCAACCUUUGACUGUCAGGGUUCUGUGAGUUGCAGUUUGACAAUGCCCAGAGGGCCUGCAUUUACCAAUAUCUAGGUUUACUGAACAGGAAACCACUACAAAGGGCAGUUAACCCCUUGGGCACACUGACAACCCAACUGGUUAAUACCACAAAUCCAGCUUUUUCCACCCAUCACUGAGAAGGCAAUAGACAGUUGCCUCCAUUUAACCUGACUGCAUCUGGCAUGUGGUUAAGCCUUAGGAUUGUGAAGGAUAAGCGGAACUAAAAGAAAAAGACAAAUAAAAAAUAAAGUUUACAUAAUCUUUUGCUGUGAAGUGCAUUUAAGUGUUUAUUGGCUUGAUGCAGUAAUAUAGACACAGAGUUGCUACUUAAUAAUGGUAAUGUAGAUUAAUGUAAUUUAAGCAUUGAAAUUUAUAGAAACAGGUGAAAAAAACUUAGUGAGCUAUUAAGUUGUUCUCUUCUUGUGUUUCCUUUGUUUGUUUUAAUAUAAAUCUAUAUAUAUAAAUAUAUAAAUACAUAUAUAAACACCAGAAAUUAUUUUUAAUAGCUUACGGGGAUCAUUGUUUUGUUACUAGUUCUUCAGACUACAUGCUGCUCUGUAUUCGAAGAGUGAAUGUGGUUCAUUUCUUUCCAAAUCAAUGCAGUCUUCUCAGUGAUAGUUUAUUGAAACCCCCAGUGCUCCUGCUAUUCCAACAAUAAACGACUUACCACGGGCAUGCAUUGUACUUAUGAUUUUAUGAUUUUUUUUUUUAAUGUCACCAGUGAAACCACUUCAUUUUAACUGUCCUGCUAGUGUAACUUUGCUUGUAUAUAGUAUGUGCAGUCCUUUGUUUAACAUGACUAGCAUUUUAUAUUAAAGGCUUUUACUGCAUCUGAACUUCGCAUUCGUAUUUACCAUAAGUCCGAUCAUACUUAUUGUAAAUGUAAUUAAUGCUGCGAUUAGAUCAUUUAAAAAUAAAAAAAAGGUAUAUUUUUUA